AUGCUGGCUUCAGCCGAUGUCGAAACAUGUCCUCCAUGUCGGGCGCGAUUGAAGCCGACUUGCCAGCGGCCUCGCAGUGAAAGAAGUGGGUGCUGCCCGCAAUUGAGGCGUCCUUGGAUGUGCUCUUCGACCUGUAGUGCGAGGAUGAGCACGAUGAGCUUGGCGCUUCUGCUGUGGAGCUGUGUGCAGUGCCUAGUCGCGCUAAAUUCAGUGCAUCGCCGGUGUGCGCUUGAAUCGGGAGUAUCUGCAGAGACCCCGGAGACCGCAGCUGCCGAGCGUGAGGACGCCUCCCUGCUGCAGAACCGGGCGCAGAAGGAGCAUGUGAUCCCCUGCAUCAUCCAUCAGACUGCGCCGACACACCAGCUGGAAGGUGAUGAGGCCAAGUGGGUCCAGACGUGGAAGACGAAGAACCCCUACUGCAAGCACAAGCUUUGGAAUGACACUGAGAUCGCCGCGCUGGCGAAAGAGAAGUCGCCGGAGCUGCUGUGGCCCAUCUGGGAAGGGCUGAGCAAUGUGGAGCGUGCGGACGUCUUCCGGUACUUGGUCCUCUGGGACCAAGGAGGUUACUACGCGGACACGGAUGCCGCCUGUGUGAGACCCAUUGCGACGUGGGAGGUGCCGAGGAAUGCCAGCAUGAUUGUUGGAUACGAAUUUGGCCAUCGCUGGACCGAGAACGAGAGGGAGAAAUUCAAGUUCGCGCGGACGGAGCAGAUGGAGCAGUGGUUCUUCGCGUCGGCGCCGCAGAAUCCCAUCUUGUUGCGGUGCCUGGAGCUGGUGCGCCAGCGCUUUGCUUGGGGCAUCCAAUCCACGAUGUUCCUCACUGGCCCGGGAGUCUUCAGCGAUGCGGUCCAUGAGUUCCUUGAGAUGAACGUGCCAGAGGCCUUGGAUGAGGAGGUGUCCUAUCGAUCGAAUGCGACAGGUAUCCGGACACCAGGCGUCAAGACUCGUAGCUUCGCCAGCGAGCAGCUCUAUGGGCUGGGCUCCUGGAAGGUGUUCCUGGCGGCCGCAGGGCGCGUGAACCCCAAAGCGACGACGGAGAAAUGGGAUCCUGAGGAGGGGAAUCCAUCGGCCUUCAUCUAUCAUCACUUCGCGGGAAGUUGGAAGACUCUCAGCGACUUGACCCCCAAAGAACUGGAGAAGCUCAAGGCGCAGGAGCAGAAGUCCUUGCUUUGA